CCCAAAUCCCACGCCUCCUCGUCAUCUUCCCUAUCUCUCCCUUCAUCCCUCUUCUUUUCUCUAUCUUUCUUCCUAUGUUAGCGCCAACAUCGUCUCCUCCUUUAUCCCCUUUGCUUUGCUUUUGAGCAACCAUUGGGAUCAAUGAAUCAUUAAAACCAUUCAAACCUGAAAAGAAAAAAAAAACUUUCAUUUACUCAUGACAAGCAAUUUUUUUACUUACUCAUGACGACUCUAAACUUCAAUCUGAGCUGUUCGUUGCAACUUUUUCUCCAUCAUGGCUUGCUACUUCUCUUUAUGCUUUCAUUCAGUGCAGCCCAACAGGGAUCACCGCCGCCUCCGAACGUGAAUGACCCAUUCGCUCAGCAGCCGAAAUUCAACCCGUCACUGGCAAUACUCAUGGUGAUUAUUGUGAGUGCCUUCUUUCUCAUGGGCUUUUGUUCCAUCUACGUUCGCCGGUGCGCGGAGAGCAGAUAUAGAGGAACAACCUUCAACCCCUCCGCUUCUCCAAUCGGCGGUGCAGGCCGGUGGUCUAGGAGGGGACAGCAGGGGCUUGACGCAGAAGUCAUCGGGACAUUCCCUACUUUUCUUUACUCGACUGUCAAAGGCCACAAAAUCGGCAAGGACUCGCUGGAAUGCGCUGUUUGUUUAAACGAGUUUGAAGAUGACCAAACGCUGCGUUUAAUCCCCAAGUGCAGUCACGUAUUUCAUCCCGAUUGCAUAGACGCCUGGCUCGGUUCCCACACCACUUGCCCCGUUUGUCGCGCUAAUUUGGUCCCAAAACCGGGUGACUUGUCCUUCGAUUCGACGUAUAUCUUUGAACCAAAUAGUAACUCAGUUGAACCUCAACCAGACCAACAGUCCAAUGACGGGACACAAAACGAAGUUCUCAUUCAUGUUUCCGAUGACAAUAAUCGGAAUACAGAGUUACAGCAACCGCAAUCUCCAAAUGUAAUUUUAUUAAACACAGCCAAUCAGAACCGGCCGCCUCGGUCCAGGUCAACGGGAUGGCGUUUCGGUAAGCUAUUCCCUAGGUCACACUCGACAGGUCACUCACUGGUUCAACCGGGAGAAAAUCUUGACCGGUUUACUUUAAGGUUGCCGGAGGAGGUUCGAAGCCAGUUAAUGAACACACACUUGAAUCGUACAAAGAGUUGCGUGACAUUUACUAGAGCGAUGAGUUCAAGAACAGGAUACAGGAGGAGUGGAAGCAGUAGAAAUUAUUUAAAUUACGAACGGUUCGACAGGGAAGGGCGGCCGGAGCGAUGGGGUUUUACAAUGACUCCUCCUUUUAUUGCCAGAACCGGUUCGGUCCGGUCCUCAAACCGAGUGGGUGGUAAUGAUGAGGUGAAUGCUGCUCCACCAAAGAAUUUGUUGAAGUCUGUUAAAUCGCCGUUUGAUCGUUUGUUUAUGGGCGGGGACAAUAGCAGCAGUAGUAAUGAUGUUGGUGAACGGUCGUCGGAUCGGCUAACGACUGCAGUGUCAGAUAGUCAAGUUUAGAGGCUUUGGUGUUUGGUGGAGUUUGACCGAUUAAGGAUUUGUGUACAUAAAUUAAUUUUUUUCUUAAAUUAUUGUUUAUUACAUGUGAUUUUGAGAUUUUAUUUUAUUUAUUUCACUAUAAAAAAAAAUAAUGUUGGAAGUGAAA